CCCUUGUGGGGUCCUGGCUUGGGUCCUUGGUCAACGUGCUAGACGCGAAAAUGUGAAGUUGUUUUGAACCUGCCUAGAAUUUGUGUCACCAGGACAUGGUCGUCAAUUAAUGUUAUAUGAAAUAACGGCUGUGAGUGUUUCGGAAUUUGUCUUACCAUGAUGCCAGGGGACAGUCAGUCCAAAACGGUAACGUUAGCAAUCGCCGCGGACGCGACGGUUGGAAACUGUCAAAACUGCUCUGUUUUGCACCAGAGCAUGAACGAGUAUGUGUCGUCAUUUCUGGCACUGAAACAGAAGAUAACGGUUUCGGAUGACACAAUCAGGCUUCAACAACAGCUGGAAGAGCUGCAGAUCAGAUUGGUUACUUUGGAGAAAAAGACAGCAGAUCAUGAAUCUGUGCAAGCAGAACUAGAAGAAAAGAAGGGUGCACUUAAAGCCUAUGGACAAAUGUCUGAAGAGAUGGAAAAAUUGAGGCAGGAAAACAACAAGACAAUGUCAGAGAAUAAGAAGCUUGUGGACCAGCUGAAGGAUGUGAAGGAACUGACAGAAACACAGUCACUUGAAAAUGCGCAGCUGAAGAGGGAAAAGGCUGCAAUAGAAAAUGAUUUGCUGAAAACACAGACAUCUUUGAAGAAAUCUCAGGCACAAGCAGAUCAAGUUGACAAACUGAUAGAGGAGAACGCCAAGACAACAAGCAUAAAUGAAAGCCUUGAAAAAAAAGUUAGACUGCUCGAAGACUCAGUUUGCAAACAGAAUCAUCAAAUAUCCCAACUGACCAAAGAGAAGAUCCUGCUAGGGAGAAAUAUUGAUGACCUCCAGAUGAGACUGAUGAAACUGGAAAGAGAAAGGAGUAAAGACUAUAGGAGCACAUCAACUCAAGCAAGUGCACCUGAAGAGCCUAAAGUUGACAAAGAAAAGUUCCGGAUGCUGCUAGAGAAUUUGUGGGCAUGUGUAGAACCUCAGCAGCACCACUCUGCAAACCUGUUGCACUUACCAGAGUCCAGCUCCAAGCAAGUUCUACCCUCCUCUCCACAAAACAGACUGCACUCACACCUGAGUAACAUGUCCCAGUCUACUCCUCACAAGAUCAGUGAAUCCCACAGUUACCCCAUGCAGGCAAAAGCCACUUAUACAGAGUUAAAACCCUCUCCUCAUGGACAGAAAGCCAUCCAGCGCCAGGCAUCUCUGCAGUCAACAAGUGCCAAGAAGAAAACAGACACUCUCAAAAAGAGCAAGCGAUUGUCCAAGGAACACAAAACUGAGGAGGCAUCUACUGACUUGUGCAGCUCUGAAGUUGAGGAGAUAAUGGCAUUGUUUAAACCAAUGCUUCCCUGCAUAUCACCACUACUAGAUUUGGACACAGAAAUGGAAUCCAUGGAGACAGAUGAUGGAGAAAAGGAAAACCAUCCCAAACCCAAACCCUGUGAUGACUCUGUUCCUCUUCAACAAGAGGAGUCCUUACUCAUCACAACAUCAGUGUCAAGUCACUGUCCAAAAUUUUCUGUAGUACCAACAGAGGAGAAUGUGGACUUGCCAACACAGGACGUGGAACACAUUUCCAGUGAAAAUUACUGCAAAGACUUGGGACAAAAUGAGUUGAGUGGUAUUACUAUUAUGAAGGACAAAAGCAGUACAGAUGGUGAAGAAGUGCAUCUUCAAAAAGACAUGCAGACUAACCAGCAGCCAGCAACUGUGCAUUUAGUAUCAGCAUCAGCAUCUUCUUCUUCUUCCACAUCAGACAUAACACUUUUGGUUGAGGUUGUGUCAUUAACCACUGAAAGUCAAGAACCAUCCUUCAGUGUCAGUCCCAAUAGCAGUGGCGCCAAUAGAAUCUCUGAAACUGAAAAUGCUUUAGGAAAGGCAAAGGGAGAUCAGUCAGAGACUAUUACAAAGAUGGAUGUAGACACAAGCCCUAGUGAUGUUACUGGUGCCAAAACAGUCACUCCUGAUGGUGGAGAGUCACACAGAAGAAGUGAUACAAUUGUAAUCUCUGAGGAAGGAGGAGAUGUACAGCUAGUUACUUCAUCUGUUUCUUCUUCAACAUUCAUUGACUCUGAGAGAGACACUGAGGUUGCAAAUACAGAAAAUGGUUCAGAGAUGGGAAAAGGUCUUCAGGACUCUUGUGGUUUAGGACAGGGCAGUCAAGAUGCCACAGUCUUUAAGCCCCAGGAGAAUAAAGGGUGUCAAAGGGAUAAAGACGUGCCAGAAGAUAGCCCCUGUUUGUCAAGCAGCAGUGACAUCAGUAGUGUCUCAAAUAAAAAUGCUGAACAGAGGCCUGAAAAUGAUGCAUCCAUAAAACUUCUUGGGGAGGAAGGUGGGAGUGAAGCACAAGGAACUGGAGGAGUUGAUGUAACAGCAUCUCCCUCAGAGUCAAAUGCUGGUAAUAGACCCCCGUCUCCUCCUAAGUCUCCACUGUUGAAGAUGGAAAAUGAUGACUCCCGUGCUGUCCAAGAAUCUGGUCAAGCAAAUGUUGAAACUCCUUCAAAAAAGGAUGUUGACAUAGAGACAUUGAACAGCGAAAUACUAGCUGAUCAUAGGCCUUCCCUUUCUGCCUCCCAAGAGAUAAAGACUGUUAACUGUGAAUCUUUGAAAGAAAGUACACAUUCUCUGUGCAGGCAGUUGAGUCCGACAUGUCUGUUUCCCACUGUAAACCUGCAGGCUUUGGAAACUCACCUCAAGCCAGAAAUAUUUAAUGGCGUGUUUAAUGUUAACAUUAAACACAUUUUGACGAAUAAAAAAACCCUACAGCCUGUGCCCAAUUUCGAGGAAGAAGAUGUAAAGGCUGUUGUCACAGACUUGCCUCAGGACAGCAUAGAGGCAAGUAACCAAGUGAGCAAACCUAAAUUGGGCACUGUUGGUCCUACUACCUCAUUAAAGCAGAGUGCUGCUGCCACAAGUGGACAAAAUAAAUGUUUGGAGUCAUGUACAAAUGUGCUUGAAAAACAAAGCCCACAAAUGAUCAGAGAGGAAGAACCUAGUCCAGUGGCAGGUUCAACUACAGCUCAACCACCAGAAUGCAUAGGCCAAGUUCGCUCUGAAAUGGGCCCUCCACUUCCUCGUCUCCUAACCCCUCUGAGCACACCUCCAAAGGCGGGCAAAUCGAUCAAUCCAAGGCAGGCAAUUGGGAAACUCUUAUUUCCCUCACCCAUGGAUAGAUUGGCUUCGCCUACAACUCCUGUCCAGACACCAAACAGUCAGCAGCUGAGUUCCUCAUCUCAAACCAGUCCACUCCUUCCAAACGGAGUCCCCUCAUCACCACUUCAGUUCGGCUCUGCCACUCCAAAACAUGCCGUGCCGGUCCCAGGCCGCCUGCCCUUGACAGUAAUGAACUCUUCCCCGUCGUCUUCCUCCAGUCCAUCUCAGGAAAACUCCAUGAGGAUUCUUGACACCAUGUACCCAGAGCUCUCUGCCCAUGCCCGAACUCUGAGCAUUCUCAGAGGGAAUGUCAGUCUCAGCAUUUGUUCAUCAGAGAGUGGAACAUCACCUCCAACAACCCUCAGUCAGAUGUCUGGCUUUAAAACCAUUAACUCCACUUCAACGGCCUUCACCAAGACUGAGAUGAGAGGAGAAAAAAGACAGGCCAUCAGUUUGCCUCAACCUAAAAACAGAAAAUGCCUCAGGCUAGAUAACUGCUCUCCUACUGUCAGUCGCAAGCAGGCGCCUUCCUCCUCCUCAAACAGUGGAGAGGAGACCACCUCACCCCAGACUCUGACACUCAGUCAGCUCAAAAAUGAGGCAGCCUCUCCAUCCAUGGAGGGUGGAGAACCUGCAGAACAAAAUCUUAUAGUUAGCUUUUUAAAGAAAAUUGAAAACCAGUGUUUUGAUCUAUUGCCUGUGAUCCAGAGCCACCUGUAUGUUGGUAACCUGCCAAAAAAGCCUGUCUUGAGAGAUGAGGAGAAGGAGGUUAUCUCUGAGAUUUGCCAAAGCAGCUCGCUGAAGGCAGAUGAUAUGAUUUUGGCCAUCCUGAACAAACUGAAAGCAGAGAGAAAAGACCUCAGCAGAAACAACAUGCAGUCCCUCUGCAGAGUCUACACAGGGAUCUGCAGACAGAAGAGAGACUGGGAGAAGGCUCACAUCCUGGCCUACAGCAUUCUCACAGAAGAUUUCCCUGACUCUGCUAAGCUGAUUUUGUUCAUGGUGACAACAUGGCCCAAUGUUCUCUCACACAAAAGUUCUCUGUGCCAGGCAAUACAUGCUGUCACCAAACUGAAAGCACAAGAAAACCUCCUCAGUUGCCUUUCAGCAUUCCUUGGUUGGGAGAAGAGCCCUCCCUGUGACAUUGACAUGCUGAUCUCCAGAACCCUCUCUGGUAUUCGGUCCAGGUCAAGCCUGUCUUUCAUUAAACACAGUCGGUACGGGGACGGCCUGGGGACUGAGGCUUGGGAACAUAUCUUCACACUGAACCUCCUUUGUACACACAAGAAGUGGAAGUGGACCUAUGAAAAUGUAUUGGGCAAGGAGUUGUGGCCAUUAAUGAACACUUGGGUGACACAGCCCAGAGAUCAACAAGCACCUGUCUCUGAUGUGACCGUCGCCACUGUUCUCCGACUCAUAGGACGCCUUGGUCAACAGGGGAUCAAAGAGAGGUGUGUUUCCUCUGUGGUAACUGUCGCCAACGUCAUCAACAUGUUUGGUAGGCAUGGACAGACUGAAGGUGUGCCAUGGGAGGUCCAGUUAGCAGCCAUCUACUGCAUCUACGACCUGUCGCCCUGCAACCCCAAACAAGCCCUGGAUGCCCUUGCAGGAUGGAGAGGAGAAACAUCUCAGAGCGUCCCUCCUGCUGUUACUAGCUGCAUUAACCAGUUAGCCUCUGUCUGCAGACAGGUCAAGAGCUGAGAGAGACACACAUGCUGUACAAAGCCACAUAGUCGUGCACGUCAGUCUGUACCUAUUUUAAAGACAGGGUGAAUGAAAAUCCCGCUGUGCACCUUAAAGUUCAUUUUAACUUGCUGACUGGCAGCCUAUGUUAGAGCUUUUGUGACUGUUCAUGGUCCCAAAUGGGUUUUGUGCUCCUCCUAAUACAGGGUGUCUGGAGAUUCAUAGUAAGUCUUAAAUUGAAAUGUAUUGUCAGACAGUUUCAGACAUUUCAUUUUUGUUUUGUUUUUUUAUGUGCACUUCUACUUUAAAAUGAACAUGUCAUUUAAAUGUAGCAAAUGGUUCCUAAAUUUUUAAUGUUACAGACAUGUAAAAUUUGGUUUCCUAAAAAUUUUAACUGUCCACACCCUAUAAUAAAUGUAUUUGCAUAACUCCCUGCCUUUUUGCUACACUCAGGUAAUGUUCUAAAAUAUUGUAAAACCUGUACAUGUGUGUUCUGGUUUAGCUGUGGCUCUGCUUUAAUGUUUCUUCAUUCAAGUGUUUGUAAAUAGGAGGUAUCAAUGUUUGUAUUAAUGAAAAAUAAGUUUGCCACAGUAAAUGUCUUGUACAGUUUAAAGUUUCAGAGGUUAUUUAAUUUUUUCUAAUUAAAAUUUCUACAUAUUGAACCAAA